GUGCCCGGAUGUGGCCGCGCCGGAAGAGAAGCGCGUCUCCUCAGGGCCCGCCAUCUUGUGCGGCAGCGAGCAGGGCGCGGGGGGCCCGGUAGCAUCCGCGCAGGAUCCCGCCGACGGGGGCCCAUCAUGCCCGGACACCUGCAGGAGGGCUUCGGGUGCGUCGUCACCAACCGCUUCGAUCAGCUCUUCGAUGACGAGUCCGACCCCUUCGAGGUGCUGCGCGCGGCGGAGAGCCGGAGGAAGGAGAGCGGCGGCGGCGGCGGCGGGAGCCAAGCGGGCGGCGGGGCUCGCGGCCCGGCGGGCGCCCAGAGCGGUUCCUCGGGUGGGGCCGGCGGCGCGGGCCAGGCGGGCGGCGGCGCGGGCAGCGCGGCCAAGCAGCUGCGCAGGGAGUCGCAGAAGGAGCGCAAGAACCCGCUGCCGCCCUUCGCCGGCGGAGACCGCCGGGAGGAUGGCGGGGGCCAGCCCGGAGCGCCGCUGCGGAAGGAGGGGAUAAGGAGGAUUGGCAGGAGGCCUGAUCAGCAGCAGCAGCAACAGCAGCAGGGCGAAGGCAAACCCAUCGACAGGAGACCCGAGCGACGACCUCCCCGCGAGCGCCGCUUCGACAAACCCGCCGAGGAGAAGGGCGAGGGAGGAGAGUUCUCUGUGGAUAAACCCAUCCUGGACCGACCCAUGCGUGGACGUGGAGGACUGGGCCGGGGCCGUGGCCGCGGGCGCGGGAUGGGCCGAGGAGAUGGGUUUGACUCUCGUGGCAAACGGGAAUUUGACAGACAUAGUGGCAGCGAUAGAUCUUCUGUUUCACAUUCACAUUUCAGCGGCCUAAAGCACGAGGACAAGCGCGGUGGCAGCGGAUCACACAACUGGGGAACCGUCAAAGAUGAGCUAACUGAAUUGGAUCAGUCAGCUGUAACUGAGGAAACGCCGGAGGGAGAGGAGCAUCCGCCUGCUGAUUCUGAAAAUAAAGAGAAUGAGGUUGAAGAGGUUAAGGAAGAAGGCCCUAAGGAAAUGACCCUGGAUGAGUGGAAAGCCAUUCAAAGUAAGGAUCGUGCAAAAGUCGAGUUCAACAUCCGCAAACCAAACGAGGGAGCUGAUGGGCAAUGGAAAAAAGGAUUUGUGCUCCACAAGUCAAAGAGUGAGGAGACAAAGGCGAUGACAGAAAUGCAGGGGAGUCUGCUGGAUUCAAAUGAGGCUCAUGCUGAGGACUCUGUAAUGGAUCACCACUUCCGCAAGCCUGCCAACGACAUCACAUCCCAGCUGGAGAUCAACUUUGGAGACCUGGGCCGCCCCGGGCGCGGYGGCAGAGGAGGCCGGGGAGGCCGAGGGCGUGGAGGCAGGGCCAGCCGUGGAGGCAGRACUGACAAGUUGGUCAAGGAGUUUGAUGUGAUCCACACGCCCAACCAGUCAAGUGCUUCUGCUCCUGACGUAGAUGACCCRGAGGCUUUCCCAGCUCUGUCCUAAACUGGAUGUCAUAAAGCCAACCCUGCCCUGGUCGGGCCUUCCUCUCCGAGGCUUGCAUGCUUAAGGAUCCUAAAACAACUAAGAAAUUGAAAAAAAAAAACAAAACAAAACAAAAAAAAAAGACUGUCAUUCAUACCAUUCACACCUAAAGACUGAAUUUUAUCUGUUUUGAAAAUGAACUUCUCUCGCUACACAGAAGCAACAAUAUGGUAGUCAAGUUUUGUAUUUAGAAAUGUAAUGGUAGCAGGGAUGUUUUCAUAAUUUUUUCAGAGAUUAUGCAUUCUUCAUGGAUACUUUUUUGUAUUGCUGCUUGAAAAUAUGCGUUUCCAAACUUGAAAUAUAGGUGUGAACAGUG